ACAGUUUGUAAGUCUAUCUUUAACUAAAUCAGCAGGCCGGCGAAAGCAAAACCUAAACAGCCAUGUCUUCUACUUGCUUCUCUCGCUCGUCGCUCCUUCUCCACAUAUUUCCGAUCCCAGGGAGGAAUGCGCCGCCCGCGGCUUUUCAUUCUUUCUCCCCUCUCCGUUCUGUCCGUCGAUGUGGGACGAGCUUCGCCUUGAAUCCUCGCGGAAAUAGAUUGAGUUGCAUUAGGUCGAUGUCAUCCGAAGCGAGCGACGCAGAAGCUGGGACGGUCAGGUCUGUGCCAGUUACCGUCGCCCACGAGCUCCUCAAGUCUGGGCAUCGGUACCUCGACGUCAGAACGGUGGAGGAGUUCAAUGGAGGACAUCCGGUACAAGCCAUGAACAUUCCUUACAUGUUCAAGACUAACUCAGGAAUGUCAAAGAACCCAAAAUUUUUGGAGGAAGUGUCAUCAACUUUCAACAAGGACGAAGAGAUAAUUAUAGGUUGUUUACUUGGGAAAAGGUCAUUAAUGGCUGCAUACGAGCUUUCAAAAGUUGGUUUCGCCUGUGUCACGGAUGUUGCUGGUGGUUAUACAGCUUGGCUGCAGAACGGACUUCCAACAGAGAACUAAGCGCAUGGGAGUAAU